UUUUGCUCCAAGUCUUGCUGUCGAUGUUCGUCGAGAAACCGCUGUAUGAGGACGACUAGAGUUUUGCAAUUAUACAACGACAAUCCUGGCAGAAUCAGAAAGCAAAAGGCUCACCAAAAUGCCUGUCGAUAACGCCCAAUACGAGAAGGUGGUGGGGACAUACGACAGUAUACUCGGAACUGCUGUUCGCCGCUGUGACACAGUGAACAUACUCCAUUCCGUGGGCUCGGUUGAAGGCAAGAACGUUCUCGAUCUUGCAACGGGCACUGGCUAUUUCGCGCGAGCUUUAUCCAAGAAGGGCGCCAAGGAUGUCGUUGGGGUCGAUAUCAGCGAGGGCAUGCUCGAUAUAGCUCGCAAGUUGACCGAAAGUGACGCUUCCGUACCAGAGGGCAUUUUGGACUUCGAAUUAGCGGAUGUUUUCAAGCCGCUCAAUCUUCUCAACUGCCCUGAGGCGAGCCGUGACGUGAUCACGGGUGCUUGGUGCCUUAACUAUGCCGGCAACCAGGUCAUGAUGGAUCAAGCUUUGCAGAACAUUGCCAAGUACCUCAAGCCGGGAGGGAGGUUCGUGGGUCUCAUCCCAAGCACUUUUUCCUCGUGGCUUAAGGAUGAUGAGAGAUUUUUUGACUUCUCAAUCAAGAGGCUCGAAUCGGUCGAGGGCGGGCACAUGUGCAGGCUCACCUUGCAUGCCAAGGAGCAGCCUGUCUCUUUUAAUGCGUAUGUGCUGGAGCAUUCUCUUUUUGAAAAGGGUGCGAAAUCCGCUGGGCUGGUGAAUAUCACUUUCGCAGACCCUAGCGUUCUCCCGGAAUUUGAAGGAGCUGAAGACGGAGAGUACUGGAACAGCUUCUUGGCCCGUCCCCUAUUCACUGUCAUGACAGCGACAAAGCCUGGGCUGAACUGA